AUGGUGUCCAACAAGCCGAAUGCAUUCAACCCACCUUCUGUGGUAGAGCCACCACCUACCUACUCCCAAGUUUGCGUCACUCCAAUAGUCGCUUCAUCCGCCUUGGUUACGCUCGCCGGCCAAACAGGCCUACAAAAAGAUGGCACGGUGCCUUCUGGUAUUAAGGCACAAGCCAAAGCUGCUUAUGAAAGCAUCUACAAGUGUUUAGAAGCUGCUGGCGCAACACCGCGAGAUAUUGUCUUCGUCCGGCACUACAUUGUUAAGGAAACGGGUGAUAAAGAGCAAGAUGCAAAGGACGUCGUGGAGAGAGGUUGGGGCGAGGAAUGGAUAGAAUUCAUGGAUAAGAAAGCAGAUGGACAUCGCCCCCCGGAUACAGUCGUUGGAGUUGCAAGUCUGGCGUUGGGGAAAUUGUUAUACGAGUGUGAAGUCACGGCGAUGAUUAGUCGCUGA